AUGUAUGUUGAAUAUGAAUGGUACCCGAAUAGAUGUUUUAAAUGCUGUGUCUUUGGCCACUCAGUUGAAACAUGUCCUCAAACUCCUAAGAAGCCUGCUAAUGUAAAGAGAGUGGCUCAGAAUGAUAAGGUACAAGUGCAUGAGAAUCGUUAUGCUAAAAAGUAUCCGGUUAUUGAUGAAGAUGGAUAUCAAGGUGUUCCGAGUAGGAAAGUGGCUCGAAAGCAGGGAUUCCAAGUUAAUAAACAAAAAGCUAAAUUUGAAUAUAGACCGGUGAGUGCCAAACCGAAAGGGGAGGUGAAAAAAGAUUCAUCGUCAAGUGGUGUUGAGUCUAAAAACCCGUUUGCUGCUUUGAAUGAUAUUGAAGACGAUGGGGUCGGCGAUUCAGAUAGUGAGGAGGUUGUGGAGGUAUAUAACGAAACGAAUGAUUUUAUGUUACAAAACUCUAAGAAACCAAAUGAUAAACAAGGGGCAAGCACUCCUUCUCCAGUUGGUUCUAAUGAAUCCCAUGUGGAUAUUCACAAUCUGAAUAAGGUUUGUUCUUCUGUGUUUCGUCGCUGGGAGUGGACUUCGAAUGGGAGUAGUUGUCAGAAGGGUACGAGAAUCAUUGCUGGGUGGGAUCCGGGUAUUUUUUAUGUCAUCUUGCUUGCUCAGUCUUCUCAGGUUAUGCACUUCCAAAUCAUCUUUAAGCAAGAUAAAAAACUGUUAUUUUGUUCAGUUGUUUAUGCCGCGAACUAUUAUAUCACUCGAAGGGAGUUAUGGCAACAUUUAUCUAAACAUAAAGUGCUUGUUGGUAACAAUCCAUGGGUUAUCUUAGGCGAUUUUAAUUCAGCUUUGAAUUUGGAUGAUAAGUCUAUGGGUGCUUCGAAUAUCUCGCCUGGUAUGAGAGAAUUCCAAGAGUGUGUCUUGGAUAUAGAAGUGUUUGAUAUAAAUAGUUCGGGAAUGCAUUUCACGUGGAACCAAAAGCCUAAGGAGGGUGUUGGCUUAUUAAAGAAAAUUGAUAGAAUAAUGGGCAAUACCCCUUUUGUAGACAUUUUCCCCAACUCGGUAGCAUUUUUCCAUCCAAAUCGGCUAUCCGAUCAUUGUCCUUGUCUGUUAAAGAUUCCAGCUACAGAGAAGAGGAAGCAUCAAUCGUUCAAGUUUGCUAAUUUUUUAGUUUAUAAGCCGGGAUUUAUUGAGGCGGUCAAGAAGGUAUGGGAUAACAAUGUUGAAGGAGUUCAGCAAUUCCAGUUAGUAAAGAAACUUCGUAUUUUGAAAAGACCUCUUCGUGCCUUAUUAUUCCAACAAGGUAAUUUACAUAAGAAAGUAGAGACUCUGCGUGGGGAGUUGGAUGCGAUACAAAGGGAGAUAGAUAGAAGCCCUUUCAAUCUUAUUCUUCAUGAUCAAGAAUCAAGAAUUACGGCUGAAUUUCAAGAGGCUUGCCUAGAUGAAGAGCGUUUUUUAAAACAAAAAUCUAAAGUCGACUGGCUUCGAGCUGGUGAUUCGAACACGGCCUUCUUUCAUGCUUCGCUGAAAAGCAGAAAUCAUGCGACUCGUAUUGAGGUUAUUAUGAAUUCGGAAGGGGAGAUGUUUGAAGGGGAUAAUGUCUCUAAGGCGUUUGUUACUCAUUAUGAGAAGUUUCAUGGUAGUGAAGAUGACCUAGUGCUUCGUCCCUCUUAUGAUCUUUUUUCGAAUAAGUUGAAUGCUAAUGAUUCUAUUUAUAUGAUCCGUCCGGUGACGUGUGAAGAGGUUAGAUAG